UUGAGUAACGCGAUGUUUGGACCGACGCAUAAAUUAGAAGUCGGGAGAAGAAGAAAAGAAGCACCCCGGAAAAAGAGCGUGCAUGGAGGAUGGGUGUGCAGGUCGCAGCAAGGCAGCAGAAAGCAGCCUGAAGACAUCUCCACUCUGCGUGCACUCCUCCCUGCGUAUACUCGCUCGAGCUCUGGGCUCUAGGCUCUAGGUUCUGGAGCAUACCCAUGAUGCGAGUGAGGCUUUUACCCACCACCUCCAGCACCACCACCAACAACACCAACACCACCACUACUUCUUCCAGCUGGCUAGCGAAACGCUUCAACGUCUCAGACCUGCAACGACCGGCAAGUACGAAUAGCGGCGAUGUUCGAUGCAUUCGGGCGUCAAACUAUUGACUAAACACACCGUGAAGGUUGCGGUUACGCUGUUCAUGCCCACGGUGUUCAUGGGCUAUGCGUGCAUUCAUCCCAGGACCGGCGAAACCCUAUGUGAGCCGACGGUCUCAGCAGUGGCCAGUGAGACGGACACAGAGCGGAUGGCCAGUCUCGAUAGUGGUGGUGGUGAUGGUGAUGGUUGGCCCAGGAUGGUGGGACACCCUGUCGAAUUGAACCCUCCUCCAGCUCACGGGAAUCAUGCCCUCGGUUCUUACUGGAGGAGAGUGGACCAUGUGGAGGUGGAGACGGCGAUGGAUGGGUUGGAAUACCUACAUGCAUUUGAGACUGUGGUGCCCGUGGUAAGUACUUACGUAGGCACUUGCACACAUAGAGUGCUAUCCAGAGACAUCCCGCGCUUUCGCUGUCACCGCUGGCGACUGUGCCGCCGAACCCGAGGGCGAGGGUUGUUUGUCCUCGGAGGCCCGAAAAGGCGCAGCCAGACGGCGGCCAGAGAUUGCGAUCGGAGACCGAACGUGGGAUCGGAGAGGGGGUGCAGUUUGGGUGACAAACUCACCGCAGACCCCAAACCGGCCUUCGUUGCCGGAAGCCGCCGAGCAACAGAAAGUUUGAACCCAGGGAAUCCUAGCCAUGCCUGCAGAAGCCAAAAAUUACCACCCGUCGGCGUCCAUCCGGCCAACCAACUAUCCACUUCCCCCUCCUAGCCCAACCAACCCCCAAACCCGACCCGCGACGACUUUGACGACCACAAAAUAAUCAGAAUCGAGCAGGGAUAGAAGUAACCCUCUCGUUUGUUCUGUCACGCUGCUCGCCUGCACUACCGGCGUCAUCCACAAACACACGACCACCCACUCCCCACUCACUCCUCCACCCUCGCUCGCAUCCCCAACACCCACCCCGCCACCUUCCACCCUACAACCAAAAACAGCCCUCACACCCCCCUUCAUAGCUUCAGAAAUGGCGGCCG